UUGCAGGCUUUAGUAUGUACGAUUAAUAAGUAAGAGUACCUAUAUUCAAAUCAUCAGCAGAAUUCGGUCUGACGUGAUAGGUAGAUACACUGUGCACGUUACAUUAGAUAUUGUAUUAAUUAAAGUCACAUAAAUACAAUGACUAAAGUCGCCGUACUAGGCGCCGGUAUUAACGGUUUAGCUUGUGCUGUGAAAAUUAAAGAAAAAUAUCCAGAUGUCAGCGUAGUGAUAAUAGCUUCAGAGUUCACGCCGAACACGACAGGCGACGGCUCUGGUGGUUUCUGGUACCCGUACCUCUGCGGGGACACUCCUCAGGAACUUUUGUGCAAAUGGGGCGGCGAUACAUACGAGUACCUCCUCGGGCGCUGGCGGACAGGCGCCCACGACCUGUGCCUUCUGCCCAUGUACGAGCUGUACAGGCACCACCGUACGCUGCCCGAUGCGUCGUGGGCGCGCCGCGUGCUCGGCUACCGCGAGUUAGAAGCCAGCCAGCUGGAGUACUUGAGCGCACUGUACUCUGUCAGAUACGUAGCCGGUCGUACAUUCACAACAUUCAUGGUGUACCCACCAGCGAUGCUAGCACAUUUAUACCAACGGUUCAAGGCGGCCAACGGUCAAACGCUUCAGCAUAGGAUAGUAUCGCUACAUGAUGAGAUACUUGAUGACUUCGACGUCGUGGUCAACUGUCUGGGGCUAGGCGCCAGGCACGUGGUGCCUGAUGACAAGGUUAUACCCAUAAGAGGUCAAAUAGCGCGGGUGAUAGCGCCAUGGGUUACCAAUGCUCUGAUAGACGAAGACUCCGGAAAUUAUAUUUUGCCAAAUGCUUAUAACUGCGUGUUGGGCGGCACACAUCAGAUCAACGAUUUCAACAAGAAUAUUGUCGACGAGGACACAGACUUCGUUCUCAACGGCUGCGCCGAGCUGAUGCCGGGGUUGAAGAAUGCAAAGUUGCUCGGCGAGUGGGUGGGGCUGCGACCGGGGCGCGAGCGAGUGCGGCUGGAGGGCGAGCAGAGACGCGGGAAACUGUACAUACACAACUAUGGACAUGGUGGCAGUGGUCUCACACUCUUCUGGGGCUGCGCUUCCGAUGUUUUGCAAAUAUUCGACGCACACAAAAACCGGGGGAAAAAAGAAACAUCAAAACUAUAAGUACAAUGUAUAUAAUAAACAACAUUUAACAAAAUA